AUGGUACAUGCAAUAAAUACACCAUCUAAUAUUUUUAUCAUGCUUGAAUACAUGCAAGGUGGUGAAUUACAUGAUAGAAUUAAAAAAAAUGUUGGUUUAUCAGAAAAAUUAACAAAAUUUUAUUUCUAUCAAAUUGCAACUGCUGUUGAGUAUCUUCAUGGCAAAGGAAUAACACAUCGUGAUCUUAAACCAGAAAAUAUAUUAUUACUAGAUAACGAUGAAUAUACACUUGUUAAAGUAACUGAUCUUGCUUUCUCAAAACUGGUUGAUCAUAAAAUAAUGAUUAAGAAAUUUAAUGGAACAUCAUAUUAUGUUGCACCAGAAAUAUUUAGAAGCAUAGAAAAAGGACAGUAUACGAGCCGAUUCGAUGUAUGGAGUUUGGGUGUUAUGUUGUAUGUUAUGUUGAGUGGCUGUCUACCAUUUACAAAAAGAGGAAAUAAAGAUCUUUUGGAUGUGAUUAGGGAAGGCACAUAUGAUUUUACACCAGAUAGAUUUAAAAAUGUAUCUGAAGCAGCAAAACGUUUAAUUGAUAAAAUGCUAAUUGUUAAUCCAAAAGAUCGUUACUCAGCUCCACACGUUCUUGCAAGUUCAUGGCUGGAUGAUAAAGAACUAAUGAUAACAGUUUCAAAAACUUUAAAACCAUAUAUUAUUAGUGAAAUUAAAAGUCUAAGUUUUGAUAGAGGAAUUGGUAGCAAAUGAAAUUUCAACAUUUACAAUAAUACAUUUGACAAUAAAC